AUGAGUGCUGAUGAUGAUGGUAGAUGUGAAGAUAUUGCCGUACCAACCCUAAUCAUACAUGCUGUAGAUGAUCCUGUUAUACAUGUUGAUUCAGCUGGUCCAAGGUUCAAGGAUAUCAUUACCCCUACUGGUGGUCAUGUUGGUUGGCCUCAAGGAUGGUUACCAUGGACUCAGGGCUUCGGAUGGAUAUCUAAUACGGCCCUUGAUUUUGCUGAGACAGUUGCGGCUGAUAAGUAUGCUGAUUGA